CAUGCUGGGUGAUGAAAAGUUCAAGAAAGGACAGCUUCUUGAUAGUUUUAGUUUUUUUUGUUGGGUGAAUGUGGGGUUUCGCUUGAUAUUUAUUUGGAGCUCGUUCGUAUUUUGGAUGUGAACAUUGGGGAGGAAAAUGUUCAGAAAGGGGAUGCUUCGCUUUUUGCCUAGUUACAAAAACCCUUUUGGGGGCUUUCGUGCUUGAUUUCUUACUUUUCUUUGAGGAUUCUCAAACCAAAGUUUAAACACAAGAUGGGGUGUGGAGCUCCAUUUUCAACGGUUCAAGAACCAAUGUACUAGCCAGUACCGUCCUCUCCUCGUUUUGGUACAAAGGCUCCGUCUUCAAUGGUGAAAGGGGUUCAUUUUCCGUCGGUUUGUAGCGGGAUUUGGCAUAGGAUGGGGACUUCUUUACAAGUGACUUUCUAUAUUCAUUGGGUUGGUUUGGGGCAUUUACUCCUCUUCCACUGUGCAGUUUGAGAUUUUUGCCAUCAAUGCGAAACUCCCAGGUUUCCGCACUGGCUUGGUAGACGUCGGUCACAACUAGUAGUCUAGUACUACAACGGUUAAAUUUUUAAACUGGCCAUUUGUUUACUGCUAGACCAACAACUCUCUAUUUGCGUUUCUAUUCCGGUCUUCUGUUGGGGGAGAUUGCUGUAGUCAGGUGUUUAUUUGAUUUGUCUGUCUUGCACAUGCAUAUGUGAGAGGAGCCUCUUGGAAUUGAAACAAUUGAUAAUUGUUUUUUUUCUAUUCUAGGCGUGUGUCUUUUGCUUCUAAGAUUUGUUUGGGGGCAACUACAGAUCGGAUCUUUCGCUGUGAUACAAAACUUUUGCCAGCGAGCCAGAAGGAAUUUCUUUGAUUUGACUUGAUUUUUAGCUCUUUGUAUGCAAUGCUUGGUCUCUUUCUGAAAUCUAAACUACUCUCGUACAUGUGGAUACAAAUUCAAUGAUUAAGGCUUCCCCACCUAUGUCGAUAUGUCUUCCUUCUGUUCAUGCAGAAUUUGUAUUGUCUGCAUCCAAUUGGCCAACACUCCAAUAUUAUACAUUAUUUGCUGCCACAUUGUUGCAGCUGGGUUACAAUCAGUUGACAGGCAGUAUACCUCCCCAGUUGGGCAACCUGAAUAAGUUGUCUGUGCUCGCAAUGCAGUCCAAUCAGCUUACCGGAGCCAUUCCAGCAACCCUUGGUGAGCUAACACAGUUGAGACGGCUUGAUUUGAGCUUCAACAGCCUGUUUGGCUCAAUCCCAUCCAAGAUUGCUGAGGUUCCAUUGCUUGAGGUCUUUGAUAUUCGCAAUAACACCCUUUCUGGGAGUGUUCCUGCUGGAUUGAGAAGAUUGAAUGGUGGUUUCCAGUAUAUGAAUAACAAAGGCCUUUGUGGUGUUGGCUUUAGUUUGCUAGAGCUUUGCCCUUCUUCAGAGGAUGGCCUGAAACCCAGCAAGCCUGAGCCUUUCGGACCAGACGGUACAGUCAAGACACGGGAAGUGCCUCAAUCGGCGAAUCCAGAAAGCUGCUCCGGCUCUCACUGCUCAAAGUCCGCAAAUGGAUCUGAAGGAGUUCUUAUUGUUGCUGUUGUUGCUGUGGUUAUUGGUGCUGCAUUUUGUGGGUUAUUUGCAUUCUCUUGGUAUCGUCGGCAGAAGCAAAAGAUUGGGAGCUCACUGGAGGUUUCUGAUAGCAGGCUCAGCACCGACCAUCUCCAGCAGAAGGAAGCCUGCAGAAGGAGUGCCUCUCCUUUGAUUAGUGUUGAGUACUCAAACAGUUGGGACCCAUUGUCAGGUGGGGGUGUUGGAUCAUCUGGUGAAGUUGGUGAUAGCUUUAGAUUCAACCUAGAGGAGGUUGAAUGUGCGACACAAUACUUCUCUGAUGUGAACUUGCUAGGCAAGAGCGGCUUUGCUGCGACAUACAAAGGAAUCCUUCGGGAUGGGUCAGUUGUUGCUGUUAAGAGCCUCAACAAGACAAGCUGCAAGCAAGAGGAGUCGGAUUUUUUGCAUGGUCUGAAGAUGCUCACCCUUCUCCGACAUGAUAAUCUUGUUAGCUUGAGGGGGUUCUGCUGCUCCAGGGGGAGAGGGGAAUGCUUCCUUGUCUAUGACUUCAUGGUUAAUGGCUGCUUGUCACAGUAUCUGGAUGUUAAGGAUGGUUCUAGUCCUAUUGUUCUUGAUUGGACUACAAGAGUUUCCAUUGUCAAAGGCAUUGCAGAAGGAAUUGAGUACCUUCACAGCAAGAAGAGCAGCAAGCCACCAGUUGUCCACCAGAACAUAUCGGCCGAAAAGAUCCUUCUUGACCACAACUUUGCCCCGCGGUUGUCGGUCCCAGGACUGCACAAGCUCCUCGCAGAUGAUGUUGUUUUCUCAACCCUAAAGGCCAGCGCCGCAAUGGGGUACCUUGCCCCUGAAUAUGCCACCACAGGUCGAUUCACUGACAAGAGCGACGUCUUUGCGUUCGGGAUCGUGGUCCUCCAGAUCAUCACGGGGAAGAGGGAUGUGUCUCAGCUUAAGGUUGGUGCUGCAGCCAUCAGCGAUCUCGACAGCCUGGUUGAUGGAAACCUCAACGGUGUCUUCUCGAGGACUGAGGUAGCGAGGCUCGCCGCAGUUGCUGCGUACUGCACCAGCGAGGUGCCGAGCCAGCGGCCAACCAUGGAGGCUGUGGUUCAGCAGCUCAGCCACUGAGUCAUGAGUUGCUGCUGAGGUUCUGAACCCAGCUAGAGAUGUAUUUUGGGAGGAUGUUCGGCCUUGUGAAGCCUUUUGGGUUGGCAGUAGCUAAGUAGCUUACUCGUGAUGACAGGGUAAUGAUCCAGUUGCCACUGACAUGCUAUUCAGUAUUGAUUAGUGUAGUGUUUGGUCCACUGAUCUCAGUACUUCAUGAUCUGAGUAGCUUAUGCUAGAUUGUUAGUGUGUAUUAGGAUCUGAAUGCCGUGAAUGUAGCAGAUUCAGAGCAUUCCUAAUGUGACUUUGGUCAACUUUGCAUUGGCUCGCCUUGCAUUAACCGGUUGACGCGCUCUAUUUGUUUUUUGUUAAUUUUCUUUACAAUUUCCCGAUAAGCAUCCCUAAUUGGACGCAUUCUGAAUGAAAA